ACAAAUCUCACAUUCUUGAUAUCAAAUCUAUCCAUAUAUCCUCACAUUCCUUUCUUAAAUUUUAUCAUCACUUCUUAAUUUCGUUUUUUUUAUAUAAAACAAUUCGAGUUCAUUCGAUGGCAGAAACAAAACCCCUAAACCAUAUCGUUGAAAUCGCGAUAGAUGAGGAACACCAGAAACAAAUAUUUUCAGCAAUGAAUGCAAUCGCGGCGAUACAAGACCACCCGUUGAUGGAAAUAUCCGAAUCUCCAGGCCAUUUGUUACUUUUAAAGCUUUUACAAAGAGAAGAAGACCUAUCGGCCCGUCGAAUUUCAAGAAAAGAAACAAGGUUGGAUACUCUUAAAAGACAAGUAUUCCAAUUAUGUUUGUUUUUCUUCACAUUUCAUGGUCUUUUUUUAACCCUUUUAUUCACAUCAUAUAAUAAUAAUAAUAAUAAUAAUAAUAAUAGUACUAAUGAUGUUGACAUUAUUGAUAGUUUAUGUUCAAAAUGGUGGAUACCAAUGAUCACAUCUUUAACAUUUAGUCUAGUAAUGGUGGUUUUGGUACAAAUGAAGCUUUUCGGGUUUUGGAAAGUAUAUAGACAGAUUCAAAGAGAAAAGAGCGAAAGUCGGGGUGUGACAAGAUGUAUACAAGAAUUGAGGAUGAAAGGGGUCAGUUUUGAUUUAUCGAAAGGGCCCGGAAAUGGUAGCAGGAUGAAAAGUUCUAGUGUUGAAAUCAAAUGGAAACCGGUUACGUGGUGUAGUCAGUAUUUUGUGACAAUUGGUCUUGUUAUGUUCUCGGGCCUAGUUUUGCCCAUUUGCAAAUUUAUGAUUUGUAGUUAAUGAGAAAUGGGUCAGAUGGGAAUGAAGCGAAUUGGUCCGAUUAAUGAUGAACUCGGGUCGGUCCAUGGAACGGGGCAACGGGCUGAUUUGGGGGUGGGGCAAGUGUGUGUUUGUUCGACUGGGUUUUGACACAAUGGUUAACCAGAAGUGUGACACAACUUGUGUUAUUAUUUGAUCAAUAGGGAAAUAGACCCAUAAAUUCUUUUAUGAUUUAAUUACGAGUAUUAUUUUAAAUGAAUUGUAGGUAAUGAUUUAAUUUAUUCGUUAUUAGUCAAUAAUCUUUUAUUUAUACACAGAAUAUUUAUUUAUU